AGUGACAACCAUUUGUUAUGUUAUUGUCGCGCACGCUUGAAGCUUGUAUUGAUAAUAGUUUACUAAACAAAAAAUACCACGCUAAGUUUUAAACAUUGAAUUGUUACAAUAUAAGUAAUAUCAAGUCAAUAUGGAAGUAACAGGCAGUAAUUUCGAUGAAGAAUUUGACAACUUUAAAAACGAUUUAAAGAAUGCUGUUUUUGUCGCCUUCGACGCGGAGUUCAACGCGCUUUUAUCAGGAGAGGGAUUUAAACAUAGACUCUUUGAUACCAACGAAGACAGGUAUAAUUUGAUCAAAAAGGAAGCAGAUCAAUUAAUAAUGACACAAGUAGGUUUGACUAUGUUCUCGUACCAGAAGGAUCGUGACAAGUACAUAGCCAAAUCUUACACAUUUUAUUUGUGUCCACAAUACUUUGGGGACAUUGAUCAAAGUUUCGUUUUCGUGGCCUCCACACUGAAGUUCCUACGCAGACACCGUUUCGAUUUUAAUAAGUUCAUAUAUGGAGGAGUGCCAUACUUAAGUAAGGCUGAAGAAGCCGUAGUAAGAAAAAAUUUGAAAGACAAUGUAUUAUUUAAUCAGCUGACGAGAACACUGCAGAUGGAUGAUGAGAAACUGUUACAAGACUACUGCUCGCGAGUUUCCAAAUGGCUGAUGAGAAGCAACGAGCCCACCAUGUACCUGGAUGUUGAGAAUCAUAUACUUCGUUACGUUACGCAUAUUGAAGUUAGAAUGCGUUUCCCAAGUGUAGUCACGACCGAUAGCUUAGGUGAUAGUCGAAAGAUCUUAAUAUACCGGGAUAUAAAUGUAGAGGGCGCCAUCAACACUCCUAGAGAGGAACUAGAAAACAAAGUAUUGAACGAUUUGCUCGGAUUUUCGAGAAUCAUAGCAUUACUAGCGGAGUCCAAGAAACCAAUAGCUGGACACAACUUGUUUAUAGACACCAUAAUAUUACAUAACCAGUUCAUAGGACCACUGCCGAACAAAUAUAAGGACUUUAAGAAGAACAUACACAAUAUGUUCCCAAUCCUAUAUGACACAAAAUAUUUGUCUAAUAUUAUGGCUAAGAAGCUCCCCUACAACGAGUGUUGGAAGUCAAACGCAUUACAAGACCUUUACGAGUUCUUCGCGGAAAGGAAAUUUAUGAAGUUGCAUAAUUUUUCGAAUGACAUUCAGACAAGCCGGCCUUUUGCUUCGAACCAAACGUACCAUGAAGCCGGGUGGGACUCGUACUGUACAGGAUUCUGUUUCAUCCGGCUGGGUCAGUGGGUGGCUUGUGAGAACCGAGGUAGCUUCGCCAAUGUAGGGCCGAGGGAGAAGCUGAAGGUACUGGAACAGUACUGCAACAAGGUCAACGUCAUCCGUGGAGCUGUUCAGUACAUGAAUUUCGCGGAAGACGAUCCGCCGCGCUCUCGACCUCAGCUGUUGCAUUUGAUGUUGUUGAAUAAAAGCUCCAUCAAUGUGGGACAGGUGGCGUCCGAGCUGGGAGCCUACGGGUCCAUAGACAUCAAGCCUUAUGGGAGCAGAGCUGCUCUAAUAGCCACCGGCAGUCAACAAGUCGCCAAAAAGAUAUUGAAGGAGUUUAGGGACAGUAAGGAAUAUAAAAUAGCACCGUACCACAUGUACACACACUCGCCAGUGAAGAGAGUGGCGCUUUGGAGCGGCGCUUUAAUCACCGGCGGCUUAGUGCUGUUCCUUCUACACCAGAAGUUGAGAUAAUACUAGUAUCAUUCAGAUAUAAUAACACUCGUUAUUUUGAAAUAGAUAGGUCAUUCUGAUGUACCUCUUGUACACUCAAUAUAAGUAUAUUACCUUUAAACAUAUCGCCACUUAGUAUAAGUAGAAGCGCCCUCUAUCGACGAGCAUGCAUCAUAGAUUGAUGAAUGUACAUCAAGCGAAAGAGGUAUGCCAAAAUCGUGCCAUAUUGUACCAAAAUGUAAAUUUAUAAAUUGAUUUACCUCUAUAAUAUCAAAUAUUAAACAUCAUGUUUGACAGCCCAGACACGGGCACGUGAUAGCAAUAGUAACAUAAAUAACAGGUGCCUAAAAUACCGCUUUUAGUGCCUUAACAAUAAAAUGCUGCCACGUUCACCAUACUUAAAGAGCAUUAACAGUUAAUAAAAGUUCACUAUAAAGUGAACAACGCCACUAAACUCAAUUAUACAUUUUACUACUUACUCUUUUAUGCGAUUAAUACGCGGUCAACACAUUUCCGUCAUAUUUUUACAAUCGUAAACUAUUAUUUAGUACGUGAGAGUACAAAAAUAAGUUUCCUAUGUUAUUUGUUGUAAAGUGACAAUAAUUAUAAAGUUGUUUGUGUAGUUAUGUAGGUAAUGUUCUUUCUAUUUAGGAACUUUUUUCCUACUGAAUUGACUUAACAAUACUAAAAUCGUCCUAGAUGUCCUUAUUAUACCUCAAUCAAAAUAAAAUGUUAAUUUUCAGUUCAGUUGUUAUUGAUACAUUUUAUUAGAUAGUGUUGUGAUAACAAUAGUAAUUUUCAUGUUACAUAAUAAUUAAUUAAUUAUAAUACGUUAAGUUAUUACCAGAGUUUAUGAGGCAGUAAGGAUAAAAAGUAAUUUGUAUGAUGUUUCUCAGGAAUUAUGUAGAAGCUAUUUUUUAUAGCAUUCUCACGAAAAUCAGUUCUUCAGCUUUGUUUUUGUGGCACAUAAUAAUUAUUUGUGUUAAUACAUAGAUUUAUUUACAGAGUGUAUGAAAACUUAUUUACCUAUAUCUUCGUAUAAACUUGUCAUAAUAAUAAUGAACACGACAAGAAUAGAUUAAUCAAAAUUGGUGCAUCUGUUUAGUAGCUUCGCGCGCACAAACAUAUAUGUGCAUAUUAUUUUUAAGUAAAGAAGAUUUUGUUGGCGUAUGUUUCUUUAUAAAUCAAACGAGUGUUCCAUAAUAUUGUUUGUGAUACAUAAUAUGUAAAGUGUGGUGAUAUAAUAAGAAUGAAAACCUUCCUUAAGUAGACUGACUUAGUUUAAUUAGUUUUAAGCCAAAAUGUACAGUAUCUAAGCUAUGUAUAUUUUGUUUGUUAAAAUAAAUCAUGGUUUAUACUGUAA